AUCACUCUUCUCUCUCACCUUUGUUAUUGUCUCUUCCCCUAUCAGUUGCAUCAAUGGCAGUACAAGACCUUUUGAAAGAAGAAUGGAUGGAAGUCGAGCGCAAAACGCCGAAUCCAAGCCCUUCUCUGUCGCAUUCGCGGAGGGAGAAUCCUCAAACACCGCCGCGGACAAACAAGAAAACCAAUCCGAUGUUAACCUCAAAACCUCGGACGGCGUGGUGUUCGAGGUCAAAGCCUCGAUCGCGAAGCAGAUGCAGACAGUGCAGUCCUUCAUCGACACCAGCGGAGACAGCACCACCGUGAUCCCGCUCCCCAACGUGACCAGCCGUGACCUCUGCCGCAUCCUGAAGUACUGCGAGGAGCACCGCCGCAUCGGCCACGACAAGGAGGCGCUGAAGGAGUUCGACGACAAUUUCAUGAAGGCGCUGAGCCACGACGAGAUGAAGGAGCUCCUUUUCGCGGCGAACUACCUCAACGUGAAGGAGUUUUUUGAUUUUGUUUGCCGCGGAAUCGCCCAGAUGCUGCAGAACAAGAGCGUGGAGUUUGCCAGAGAUUUCUUCGGCAUCGUGAGCGACUUCACACUCGAGGAGGAGGUGUCGUAUCGCGAAGCCAACGCCUGGGCGUUCGAGAACAUUGAUGACAAUUUUCCAUCAAUGGCAGUAGAAGACCUUUGGAAAGAAUUGGCGGAAGUAGAGCGCAAACUCGCUGAAGCCGAAUCCAAGCCCUUAUCGGUCGCACUCGCGGAGGAGCAGCUCAACAGCCUCACCCUAUCCGAGGGAGAAUCCUCAAACACUGCCGCCGUCGACGAACAAGAAAACCAACCCGACGUUAACCUCAAAACCUCGGACGGCGUGGCGUUCGAGGUCAAAGCCUGGAUCGCGAAGAAGAUGGAGACGGUACAGUCCUUCAUCGACACCAGCGGAGACAGCUCUGCCGUGAUCCCGCUCCCCAACGUGACCAGUCGCGACCUCCGCCGCAUUCUGAACUACUGCGAGGAGCACCGCCGCAUCGGCUUCCACGACAAGAAGGCGCUGAAGGAGUUCGACGACAAUUUCAUGAAGGCGCUGAGCCCCGACGAGAUGAAGGAGAUUCUUCUCGCUGCGAACUACCUCAACAUGAAGGAGUUUCUUGAUUUUCUUUGCUGCGGAAUCGCCGAGAUGCUGCAGAACAAGAGCGUGGAGUUCGCCAGAGAUUUCUUCGGCAUCGUGAGUGACUACACUCCCGAGGAGGAGGCUGCGUAUCGCGAAGCCAACGCCUGGGCGUUCGAGAACAUCGACGACAAUAGUAGUUAGGGUUUUGAUUUUUUUUCGCUUUCUCAAUAAUGUGGAUCUUUGUUAGUUUGUUGUUGUUAUGUGAAUCUUUGUUAGUAUGUUAGUUUGUUUUUCAUCAAUGUUGCAUUUUGUGAUUCCGAUUUAAUUUUCUGUAAUGGAACUGUGUUUUUAUUUACUGCGACUGUUUGUAUGAGUAUGAGAUUUGAUUCGA